UAGGGACGUACUGAUAUAGUUUCUAUUUCAAAAUCACUCUACAGUACAGUACGCAGACCGGCUCGUCGUUGGAAUUUUUUUUUAAAUUAAUAAUUCGAGUAUCGUACCGUACUGUACGUACUGUACCUGAAACUUGUUGACCAUGUUGCUAAUUGAAGACACGAAAGAAUCGGACCAAAACUAUCAAAUAGUCGCAGUACAAGAAAGCCCGAAAUCCCCGACCUCAAGCCAGCAUGGAAACCCUCCACGAACGAUCGUUCGCUUACGACAAUGAUGACCAAAUGUUAGACAGUGCCGACCUUUUAAAGGAUCGACUGAACAAAGUCCGCGGCGCCGUUCAAAAGGCAACCCAGGAAGCUUGGAAGGAGGCCAGCGGUCAUUCGCCUUCGCUUUCGUCCUUGCAAAAAGAAAAUGCGUCUUUUCUCUUGGGGAUGGACUUGUUUGGGAGCGGAGGGGGUGGAACAGGAUUKGAUUCCAGUAUGAACAGGGGCGACAACAUUACCACCACCACCAGUGGAUUGGAACUGGCGGUUCGAGAGAAACUAGAACAAGUCGAACGAGAUCUAGCUAGAAUUCAAAAAGAAAGCGAUGCCAUGCCCGAAAACCAGUCUUCGGGAUUCGAUCAAACAGGUGAUGAUUCGUUGUCUUCAUCGAAUAGAGAUCUAGGCAGCCAAAUCGAAAAAUACAGGCGAAAGGUUGCCUUUUUGAAACAAGCCAGUUUAGCRAGAUCCUGUCUAGAGGAAAGUGCCACGUUGUCCUCUUCGGCAGCAUCCAUGGGCGCUACCGCCACGACUGCGGCAACUUCCACGACAGACAAAGGAGAAGCACCCGACAAUUUAGUGCGGUCCGCUCAAACUCUCUUGCGUGCCCUCCAGGAAGUGGACAAGGCGGAACAUAUUCUGAAAGAAUCAUCGUCGACGAUCGACCGGCAAAAAGAAAUCGAGGUUGCUCACCAGAUUCUAUUCAGCUUACGGCACCAAAUCCGCCGCCAUCGUGUCGACCUUAUACAUAAAGCUGGAACUGUUCUGGAUAGUAGUGUCGAAGUGACSGCGACUUCGAUUUCCGUGAAAUCCUCGCCGCAACUCGGCAAUGCCUAUCGGGUUCUCGAAACCCUCGAUGACGGGGCAAUCAGAAAUCACCAGGCUGGUAGGAAACCUAAAAAUUCUGCCCUGCAGGAUACCUUGCGUGGAUUCACCACUAGGUUGUACGAGGAAGCCUUUAAACCGAUAUUGACYAAUCGAGUGCCAUCUGACAACAACAGCGACGGAACUCGCGGAUGGACGGUUGAAGAAACAGCUGAUAAGCGAACCAACAUUAUUGGMGUGUCUACCGCAAACAAGAGAGGAACUAUGCACGUCAUCGAAUGGAACUUUAUGCAUGAUGGGGAGGGCGAUGAAAACCAAAUUUCACCCAUUUCGGAGGAAGGCACCAAGACRUUUUCCUUCGCGGUGGUAAACUCGUGGCAGAAUGUGUUGGAUGUCUUGAAGCGUAUCUUAGUCUUUGUCCAGUCAAAGGUUCUCUURCAGAAAGAAGCUAUGUGCUCCAUGGUUGGAAAAAGACUCUUUGGAACACCCGAUGCCAUGCCAAGUCUCGUGAAUCUAUCAGCCCUUGGCCUCGAAUCUACAUUGCUGGGAGAAAGCGAUCAGGGAGUGUUGGUGGAAGCCAUGCUAGAUUGGUUGCGUGAGCAUUGCUUGUCGAUAAAUUAUGGRAAGGAUGCAUUGGGAWCCGCUGCGCCCAAUGAUUUAGAUCAUGUUUCCAUCAUGCGUGAAGAGCUAAUGGACUCUACYCUUCCCUUUUGUCGAGAUCUUGAGGAUUUGCAUUUUCUCAAACAGGAUUCUCCAUCGAGACUGGUGGUAUUYUGUCAGAGCUUCGAAAAGAAUUUCAUCGAUCAUCGCAGGUGCGURUGUUUGAAUCAAGCCCGUCAAAUUCUGAUUCAGAAUGACUAUCACAACACGGUAACAGUGGGUGUGGARGAAAGCCCAACCCCCGCCGAGUAUUCACAAGAKGCUGCUCUAGCAGURUUUCGGUUAUCUCGGUGCAGCAUCUCCGAUACAGCCAACAAACUCGUGGCAYUGGUUCGACAGACCAUGGACGAUUCCGUGGCGAUGGUAAGUGUGCCACAAGAUUCGCCGCUGGCAAUCUUGCGACCAAUCCUCUAUAAGACGGCACGAGAAAUGUUUAGCCUCUUUCGUUCUAUCAUACCCGCYAAUCAUGGGAGAGAAGUUGCCAACGUUCCGCGAACUGCAGCAGUUCUGCACAAUGACGCUGUCUUUUUGGCCCACCAUUGCUUGACCCUGGGGCUUGAGUAUAAGGAGAAAUUUCCUCAGGUAGACGAGGAUGAUGCCCGGGGGAAACUGCUGAAGCAAACUUGCAUAUUUGUUGACAUGGUCCCCUUGUUUCGGGAGCUCGCCGAUACCUCUUUGAACGAUAUGCUUGAUCUACAAAAGCACCAAUUGGCCGAAAUCGUUGGAAGCAGGAUAACCUACUUUGGUCAGGCMCUUCGAUCGGAAGAGUCCCUCCACGAAUGGUCAGAAGCUGAGACGGCCCUGGCUGCUGGGAUCUACCACUUGCGUCACCUAGCACAAGCUUGGAAGUCUAUUCUAUCAAAAUCUGUAUUUCUUCGAUCCAUGGGCUAUCUCGCAGACGUUGUCUUCGCCCUCUACCUUAAUGAAAUAACGUCUAACGCUACGGUGAUUUCGGAUAGCGCUCGACAAUUUACGGGUGCCCUUUUUCGGAAGGCCACAGUCGACAUCAGGAAACUCUUGUUCGACGAGGGGAAAGCGCAACAAGAAGAUCCGAAACCGUACGCGCUAGAAUGGGGUCGCUUCGAGGCCUUCGGAAAUUUCUUGGAACUCGAACAAUUGGUACAGGUGGAACAAGCCCUCUCAUCGGGAGUUUUUCGAAACGUGGCUAGCCAAGAAUUGGCGCGACUUGUGCAAGCGACCUACAGGGAUUCUCCACAACGMAAAGCCUUGCUCAAUUGUAUGGCUUCUGUAGUCUAGGCAGGAACAAUUGUUUGCAGAUUGUUCUCGCAAUCUUUGUUACGCUUAUGAAUACAGCCGCUGUACAGAUGAUAUAACAGUGCAGCUCGYUAUCGAAGCUAAUGGUGUAGUAUCACCAAACGAGGCAAACAACACUAUAUUGU